CUCCCGCUCGGCGCAGAGGAUUGUGGGUCGGAGAGAGGAGGCUGCAGCAGCAAGCGGCGGAGCAUCAGUGACAGUGGGCCGGACCCGGGACUCUUUACACCGGACUUUCCACCACCUGAGCUGGGAACCGUUUCUCCUGCACGGAAGUGCCUGAACAGCGGCGGCAGAGAUGGGACACGGAGACCUGAUGAGCCAAGCGGAGGACGUCGCGGACCAGUUCCUGCGGGUCACCAAACACUACCUCCCCCACGUGGCCCGACUCUGUCUGGUCAGCACCUUCCUGGAGGACGGCGUCCGCAUGUGGUUUCAGUGGGCGGAGCAAAGCGAGUACAUCGAAUCCACCUGGAGCUGCGGACGCUUCCUCGCCAACGUCUUCGUCCUGCUCAACCUGCUGGGACAGCUGGGCGGCUGUGUGUUGAUCCUCAGUAGAAACUUUGUUCAGAACGCUUGUUUCACUCUGUUUGGAGUCAUCGCCCUGCAGACGGUGGCCUACAGCAUCCUGUGGGACCUCAAGUUCCUGAUGAGGAACCUGUCUCUGGGAGGAGGUCUGCUCCUCCUGCUGGCCGAGUGUCGGGGGGAGGUCCGCAGCGUGUUCGCUGGAGUUCCGUCUCUCGGCCAUCAGAGUUCCCCCAAACACCUCCUGCAGCUGGGAGGAAGAGUCCUCCUCGUCCUCAUGUUCAUGACGCUGCUGCACUUUGACCUCAGUCUGUUCAGCAUCCUGCAGAACCUGGUGGGCACGGCUCUGAUGGUGCUGGUGGCGGUGGGCUUUAAGACCAAGCUGGCGGCUCUGACGCUGGUGGUCUGGCUGCUCUGCAUCAACUUCACCUUCAACACCUUCUGGACCAUCCCGUCCUACAAACCCAUGCACGACUUCCUCAAGUACGACUUCUUCCAGACCACGUCGGUGAUCGGAGGCCUGCUGCUGGUGGUGGCGCUGGGGCCCGGGGGGGUCUCCAUGGACGAGAAGAAGAAGGAGUGGUGACGGGGAGGGAGGAGGGGAGGAGGGGGGGGGACACACACUCUCACCUCUCUGCUAUUUAUUGUCGCAUCACUCCACCGGUGCUGCCAUCACACCUCCUCUGUUUACAGAGCGACCAAUCAGAGAGUCUCUACGUGUCACAUGAUGUGUGUUGUAUGAAUGCUGCUCUUCAUGUUUUUUUUUAUCUCCUGGUGUGAUUUUUUUAUAAAACACAAAACUUUCUGGUUCAGAGAAGAAAAUUCACUUUGAGCUUCAGAGCUGAAACAUCAGUCAGAUUCCACCUUAAUAAUCUUAAUAAUCUUCAAAAUAUUAAAGAUGUUCUUUGUUUUUUUUGUGGAGACUGCAAUGAUUGAAACUGUCCAGCAGGUGGAGCCGUUUACCUGCAGCAGCUGCUUCAUCAUCAAUCUGUUUCACGCACAAACAGCAACAUUUAUACUGUUUAAAACAUGAAAUCUGAGUUUUAUUUUCACUUCUAGUUGUUUCGUGUUUGUGAGAUUCUGUUUUUGUUUUGUUUGUCAGUGUGGAAAUCUGAGUAUCUUUGGCUUUGUGACAAAGUGAAAUAAUAAUUUUCUAUCAUGUGUUUUUGUAGAAGAUGUUUUAAAUAAAUCCAGUUCAGCAUUGUGAA